AUGGAAACGGUCAUCAAGGCCGUCAAAAAUGGGCAGAACGCGCUGCUGGAGUCGCCCACGGGAACAGGUAAGACGCUCGCACUCAUGUGUUCGGCGUUGGCGUGCCUGUGGCAUUCGAAAUUCAAGAAUGCCGACGCUUUUAAGCUCAGCAGCCCGGACGGGUCAUGCGAGGCGGCCCUGCUCAGCACCAUCUCCGACCUCAGAAGUUCGCUGCAGGGCGGCGGAAAGGGGUCAAAAGGGAAGGCUUCAAACAACCUGAGGAUAAUAUACGCCUCGCGGACGCACAGCCAGUUGAAGCAGGUUAUCAGGGAGGCCAAGAAGAGCUCCUACACCAAGGAGUUCGCCGCCAAGGGCCUAACCACCAUAGUGCUGGGCUCCCGCGACCAGCUCUGCAUACACCCGGGUCGCAGAAACGCCACAGGAGAGGCGCUCAACAACUUCUGCAAGAAACAGGUACAAGGCCAAGGGUGCAUGUACUAUAACGGCCUCAAGAAGAACAAGGGGAGCAGCAAGCUGCAGUUCUACGACUUCAUGGACAUUGAGGACCUGGUGAUGCUAGGGAAAACACACAAAUGCUGCCCGUUUUACGCCAGCAGGGAGGCGCACGAAACCGCUGAUGUCACCUUGCUGCCGUAUAACUACCUGCUGUCGCCACUCUCCCGCGAUGCCAUGGAGAUAAAGCUGGCAAACUCUGUCCUCAUCAUAGACGAAGCACAUAACGUAGAGAGCGUAGCUGAAGAGGCGGCUACUUUUACGGUGAGACAGGUGGAUGUCGCGAGGUACCUCAUGGCACUGAGGAGAUUCGCCUCGGCGCACAAAAAGGCCGGCGAAGCCCAGGAUCCGGUGGCGAAGCCGGAAGGGCCGGCGAUAGACUUCGCAGCCAUGGCGAAACUAGCCACGGCGCUGAAGCAUUUUGACACCUUCAUGACGAAUAUCAAAAUAUGCAUGCACUCCGAGGCUCCGCCGACAUCGCAGCCACAGGAAUUAGAACCGUGGCAACUGGCAGCCGUCAAGAAGGACCAUGCGAUCUUCAAGGCGACAGAUAUGCUGCAGUAUCUCAUGAAAAAUAUCGGGUUCCACGAGCUCAGGAACAUGAAGAUCGACGAGGUGAUCAAAAGCUCUAUCGCAGCGUUGUCGACCAACGUCGAUGACAUCUCGUACGCGUACCAGGCUUAUUACGAAAACGCCAAGGCGCUACAGGAGGACUUGCAGUCGCUAAUGGGGCUAACGGUCUUCUUUCAGCACAUAUACUCGAAGGAGCUGCUUGCGUGCCCGGAGUACUUCCACGUGUUCGUGACGUCCGACGCGACGUUCAACGCUAGUAAGCAACAGGAAACGGCCACAAACUCGCCCAGCAACUCGGCUACAAAGGGAGGCGGUUGGAAGAGCAAGGGGGUUCAGAAAAGUCAGGAUGAUGCGCCCAGCAGCAACAGCGCACCUGCUGAGGGAGGGCCGUUGCCAAAGGUCAUGACGUUCGAGUGCCUCCAGGCAACGCCCUCAUUCCUCCGGCUCAAGAACGACGGCGUGAGGUCGAUUUUGCUCACCUCGGGAACGCUGUCGCCUCUCAAAGAUUUGGAGAAGAACAUCGGAGGAGGCAGAAUAUCGUUUGAGUACAAGCUGUCGAACAAGCACGUGGCACCAUCGUCGAACGUUUGCGCCAGGGUCAUUACGGGAACGGAUGAAGACCCGCAGGCGCUCUCGUCGGUGUACAACCUGCGAAUGACGCCCCCCUACGUCAAGGCGCUGGGUGAAUCGCUGCUGACGUUCGUCAAAUGUGUGCCGGCGGGCGUCCUCGUCUUCUUCGGGUCGUAUUCGAUUCUGGAAGGCACGAUCAAGGCCUGGCGGAGGACUGGCAUUUACUCGGACCUUGAAAAGGUGAAGACGAUCUUCGUGGAAACAAGGAGCUCGUCGAGCGAGGCUUCGAUAAUGGUCGACAACAAGUUCCUCCAAGGCGGAGAAGACCCGACCGAGGCGCAGCUGAAGGAAUACAACGACCUCGUGGCCAAAGGACGGGGGUGCAUCUUCAUCGGGGUGUGCCGGGGCAAGAUCGCCGAGGGGAUCGACUUCUCUGACGAUGCCUGCAGGGGCGUGUUCGUGUGCGGAGUGCCCUACCCCAACCCCUACGACGACAACGUGGCGCUGAAAAUGGACUUCCUGUCGAGGGACUCUGACAAAGCAAAGAAUGACGAAGUGAUGUCCCAGUGGUACACCUCACAGGCGAUACGGGCAGUCAACCAGGCACUCGGGAGGGCCAUUAGGCACAUAAAGGACUACGGCACUGUGAUGCUGGCCGACCGCAGGUUCGCGCUAUCGAACCUCAGGAAGGGCAUCAGCACGUGGGUGACAAGGAACAUGGAAAUCAGCGAUACCAUGAAAUCGUGCGAGCUGGACAUCAAGAACUUCUUCGCGCGGUUCGCGAAGGAACCCACCACACCACCUGCGCAUGAUCCCUCCAAGCGCAUAUUCCCGCGCUUCUUCACCCCUAUCACCGACUCCCUGUCGCCGGCUAAGCCGACCGAGGACGCGGACAGCGACCUGCUCCAGUUCAAAAGCCGCAAGAUAUGCUCGCAGGAGGAGUCGGGAAUCGCAUCGUCGCUCAGAUCGGGCUCGCAGGUCACUGCGUUCGCCAACGGAUUCAUGACCAACCCCACGACGAUCACAAAAAAGGGGAAUACCUCCUCUGCGGAGGCAACGCCCGCCCUAUCGGGUUGGGAGAUGCUUGAUUCGUGGUCAACCGGGGACUCAAUCGCAAUAACUAAGCUCAGGAGACCAUAA